AUGUUGAUAGGUGUGUUUUCACAGGCUUCCGGACGCGCUACGCCCAGCAACGCCGUGCUUGCCUCGCCGACUUCUCCGGAUGAGCGUGGCAGCAAAGCCAACAACCGUUUCUCCACAGCGUUCGGCCGUUUGGGAUCUUUGUCUCAGUCAUCUGCAGGUGCUUCACAACCUCCUGUCGAUGGUCCACAAGUCGGUGUAUCCUCAACCGUGGAACAGCCUUCUGCAUUACCAUCGGGUAAUGGCGAUGCGUAUGAUGCUCCAUGGAUGGACGACAAAGCAGGUGCCUUGGACAAGGAUCUCGUGAACGAGAGAUUCAAACGAAUUGGUCUCUUGCCGAGUCCUGCUUUUGGCGGGUCAAUGAACUCGCGUGACUCUAAUGAGAACAUUAAAGCUACUGAUGAGAAUGAUGAUCCAAUGUCACAGCUGGAAGGAGCGACCCGCACGAAUGAGCUCAGCACAAAACAUGACAAUGAGGCUGCAAAGGAAGCCACUACAGACGUUCUUACUAAACCAGCUGCACCUUCGCCCGUAGAGGAAACUGCGUCCGAGCCACAAGUUGCCCCUCCUGCUUCAGCUUUAGUCUCGAACAAUUCUGAGCCAUCUCCUGACAUCAAGGAGAUCAUAUCAGAGGAUUCUCGUCCUGUCGAGCACACUUCAAACAUCAACAGAAGCCCGACACGUCGUCCUGUUCCUCAACCAACUAUUCCUGAUGUACAGCCUUCAUCUCGAAAAUCCUCGGUCUCCAGCUUGCAUCGAGACGACAAUGACUUGGCAGGAACCUCGAUACCGCUCCAGAGGAGCGUGAGUCCGCUUGGUAGCGAGUCAACUACGCAGCUACCUGUUGUUUCCAAGAGGACCGAGCCGGAGAAUACGAAGGAAGACACAGACGAAUCCAGACCUCGAAUCGUCAGUCGCAGUAGUCUUCCAUCCCAGCAACGUCCCCAAUCACAGUCAAGACAGUCAUCCUGGCAAUGGAAGAGCUCGGGCACCUCUCUGGUCGGGCUUAACAAGAAUCAAGGAGAUGCAACAGCUUCUCCAGUCAAGGCCAGAUCGGUGUCUGGCCAAGCUAUCGGCUCUGGCCCCGUGAGUCGCGCCGAAUCGCCCAUCUCCUUCUUGGAGAUGGCACCGGCUCAGAAACAAAGGAGUGCGACUACACCUGGUGCCUACUCGUCCGAGAAUGCCGAUGUCAUUCCUGGGGCACCUCAAAAUCUGACCGUGGUGCCCGCUCCUUACGAAGUGGGUCGUAUGGCGCCGAUUGUGCAGUCACCUGUGGAGAUGCAAGGCCCUUGGCACAAUGAUCAGUACAAUGCACACAGAGGCCCAGGACCUGUCGUUGGACCUGGUGCGAUGUACAGCCAGCCUAGCACCAUGAGCAACGAGCAGGUAAUCUACGAGGAGCCGGUAAACCGAACUUUCUCGCCCACUGUUAUGGAUCCUCGACAACAUGAUAGCGAAUAUCAGCUCCCUGGCGUCGGACCCCCUGAGGUGACUCNNCAAGGUUCGCGAAGGAGCAGAUUUUCUAUCAGAAGCCCGGUGCAGGGUCCAGCGCAGGUCGAACGCAUCAACCCCAAUGCAGUAGCUUUCGAUCAUCAACGUACUUUCUCUGGCGACGAAGUCCCACUGACGCAGUCCGCACAGGAGAAGAGAGAAAAGCGUCGCUCUGGCAUGUUCAGUGCACUUAGUCGCGGUUCGAGCUUUUCUGGUCUGUCCGGCGUCAACUCGGAUGGAAGACAAAGCCGUGGCAACGAUGUCAACGAGGCCGGUUCUCAGAAACGAGCUUCGGCUCAACAGACAUCCGCAGCACAAAAGGCUAGAGAAAUCUCAGGUGGUAGUACGAGAGGUAACACGCUUAAGAAGGUGCAUCGCUCGUCUACUUCUGCAGGUACAUCCAACGCGCCGGGUACUCCUGAUGCUGAGAAGAAGAACAAGCGCUUCUCACGCCUUGGUUCAAUCUUUGGGCGAUCCAACUCGGAAGCCAAGAAAGCCAACAAGCUGGUCAAGAGCAUGCCCAAGACUCAAACCGAACGCGUUUCAGAGGCUGGCGUGGCUGCCAGAGCAACCAACAUGUCGCCACAAAAUGUUNCCUCCACCUCCUCCUAUGGCUAUGGGUUCUGGCAUGAACAAUGGCAUGCAACCACCGCCGCACUGGUCAGAACAAGUUGA